AAGAAUGCUGAGAAAGUGGGUGGAGGAAGAGUUAAAAAGCCCCAAAAAUUAAAGAAGGCAGACUGUGUGAGCUCGAGAGAGGAGAGUGGUGCGCAUGCGCAAUGGCUGCCGAUGUGCCAUAUUGGAAUGAGGCAGUGAGCAGCGGUGGGGGGUGAAUAGCUGAGAAGCAGAGGGGAAGAGAGCAGCGCACCGGGCCCUGCAAAUCUGCCUGGAAAAAGUCCGGACGGGACUUCAGUUUGUGGAACCCCUUUGGUGUCAUGGUGAGGUCUCAAAAAGAUCCUUGUAACUAGUCACCGGCCCCUUUAGGACACCCUACUGAGAUGAGCCUCCAGGAACAGCCCGCCACAGAUGCUGACAUCAGCCUGGAGGAGGCAGAAUUUAACUGGGAAGAAUAUCUGGAGGAGACUGGAUGCAUUGCUGCUCCUCACAGUUUCUUCAAACAUGUGGACACAUCUCUGAAGAAUGGCUUGUCUCCAGGAAUGAGGUUAGAGGUCCCUCACAGAACAGAAUCUCAGGUUUACUGGAUUGCCAACAUCAUCACCACAUGUGGGAAGCUGCUUCUUCUAAGAUAUCUUGGCUGUGGGGAAGACAGGUCCUCUGAUUUCUGGUGUGACAUUGUUACCUCUGACCUUCAUCCCAUUGGCUGGGCUCAGCAGAACGGAAAGUCCCUGAGACCACCAGAAGGAAUAAGAGAGAAGCUGAAAAAUUGGGAGGAAUACUUGGCUGAAAAUUCAACUGGAGUCGGCAGUGCACCGGCUCAUUUACUAGAGGGCCCUCACCGGGGGAAAGACCCUUUGGACCUGUUUGGCCCUGGGUCCAAGCUGGAGCUUCAACACUGUCAGGAUUCUCUUGUGGCCUGGCCUGUUAGGGUACUGGAGAAUACUGGAGGCAGGCUCAAGCUCCAGUAUGAAGGGGCACCUGAUUGUGUAUGGCUCUUCUAUCUCCACCCAUUUCUUCACCAGGUCGGAUGGGCAGCUCAGCAUGAACAUGAUAUGCAACCACCUCAAGCCAUAUCACACCUGAGGAGUGAAGAGGAGUGGAAGGAAAUAUUGACCAAGUGGGAAACAGACCCUGGAGACUGUGUACCAGCUGAGUUUUUCCAGGAGCAGCCACCAUUACCAAUUCAUUCCUUCUCGGCAGGGAUGAAAGUAGAGGCCUUGGAUCAGUCCAACCCAUCAUACUUUAUGCCAGCUACAGUCACUAAGGUGUUCAGUGACCGGUACUUCUUGAUUGCGUUUGACGAUCUCAGACCUUUGGACUCAAGAACUAGUCGGCUUUUUUUGUGCCACUGUAAUAGCACUGAAAUCUUCCCUGUUGGCUCAAGUCAGAAGAUGGGAGUGCCCCUCCGCCCCCCACCUGGGCACUCAGAGGAGGAAUUUGUUUGGGAUAAAUAUUUAACUCAGUGUGAUGGUUCAGCUGCUCCUGAGAGUAACUUUCCUAUGCCACAGCCACAGAGUGAUCAUGUCUUCCAGGAACGAAUGAAACUAGAGGCUGUCAACCCUUUGCAGCAAGAGGAAAUCUGCAUAGCUACAGUCACCCAGGUCAUGGGCUCUUAUAUCAGGCUACAGUUGGAAGGCUCUAAGCUGCCCAUACCAGAGUGUAUUGUGCAUGUGGAAUCCAUGGACAUCUUUCCAAUGGGGUGGUGUGAGACCAAUGGACACCUUCUCUGUGCCCCGCCUCGAUCUAAAGUAAAUCCACCUAAGAAAACGGUUGCCAGUCAGCAUGAAAAACCAAUCCCAGCCUCUAAGAACCUGAAUGGUUUAAGCACAACAGAGUCUGCGCCCUGCAAAUUUAACUCCAACGGGAAGUACCUCUGCCCAAAGAUAUACUUCAACCACAGAUGUUUUUCUGGACCAUAUCUGAACAAGGGAAGAAUAGCAGAAUUGCCGAAGUCUGUUGGGCCUGGCAGCUGUGUUUUGGUCUUAAAAGAGGUCCUGUCUUUGCUCAUAAACGCUGCUUAUAAACCCAGUCGAGUGUUACGGGAACUGGAACUGCAGGAAGAUUCUUCAUGGUCCCAGCACACGGAAACUAUCAAAGCAAAGUAUAAAGGGAAGACUUACAGAUCCACAGUGGAGCUUGUGAGAACAUCAGACCAAGUGCCUGAGUUCUGCCGGAAAACCUGCCUCAAACUGGAAUGCUGCCCUAAUCUGUUUGGACCUUUAAUGGUGCUGGACCAGUGUUCAGAAAAUUGCUCUGUUUUAACAAAGACAAAGUACACUCAUUAUUAUGGGAAGAGACGUGGAAAGAACCUUACCAAUCCUACAGGGAUUCUGCGAAGCAUUGAAGCUGCACUGAAAAAGCCUGCUAAGAAAAGGAGAAGGAGGAAAAAUUUCUUUGUGCAUAAAAAGAAGCGCAUGUCAACUUCAGUGGAUAACACACCUGGAGGGAGCCCGCAGGGGAGUGAUGAAGAAGAGGAAGAGGAAGGUGAAGAAGAUUCCCCCAGUGAGGGAAGCAUCCAGGAACAGUCAGAAAUUUCAGGGAAGGGCUCCUCCUCCACAUCCCCUACUCGGAGUGAACGCUCCCUAAACACAGAGAAGAAAAAAAGCCAUCCGUUCUCAGACAAUGAGAAAUUACUCAUGACAAAGGACAUUCGGAUAGAGCUGAGGGAACCUCUUAUACUGGACAGUAGUCCUUUGGAUUGGACUGUCAAUGACGUUAUCCAGUACAUCAAAUCCACAGACUGUGCUAACUUGGCAAAGCACUUUCAGGAACAGGAAAUUGAUGGGAAAGCGCUGCUCCUCCUCACUCUCCCUGCUGUACAGGACUUCAUGGAUCUCAAGCUCGCGGCUGCUGUCAGACUCUGUUACCAUGUAGAGAGGGUAAAGCUGGCUUUCUAUCAGAGCUUGACUAGCUAAGGCACAUCGGAGGCAUUAUUGCCACCUAUUUACUACAGGAAGCUUAUUGAUAAUCACAGCUCUGCCACAUAGGCUGUUCAAAGAAUAUUUUUUUUAUUAAAGUGGUUGCUCAGUCACUGUACAUAAACAACUGCAGGAUAAUUGCAAUUCAAAUGUUCUGACUGGGAGGAUCCUUGCUAAAGAUGAAAAGCCUAUAGUCACAGAUUUCACGCUUGUGCUUUUGCCAGCUGAGAAUGCUGGGGGAUGUAGUUAUCCACAGCUGCAGUAUUAAACCUCUAGUUUAAUAUUGCUGCCUUAAGUGAUUUGCACUUCUCUACGUACUGUCAGGGACCAGGUGUUUACAUAUGCUCUUGGGAAGAUCCCUUGAAACAGACAAGAAUUAUCUAAAUUCUUAUGUGAAGGGAAAUUGAGCAGGAUAUAAAAUAUAUGUAUGAGGAUAUCUAUUAGUGUGUCACAGAACAUCACAAGGUAAGCAAGAAAAUUAGCCACAGAUAAGAACUGAACAGUAAAGGUGUUGCUGUGGUCUAUGAUCCAGCAGGGACAAGCAGAAUGUCAGCUUCCAUGCAUGAUAUAAAGCAAGCAAUCAAAAUAUUUUGUGAACACACUAAAAACAAAUUAUACAAUAGAUUAUAAUGAACCUUUUUGGGUUGGGCACAGAAAUAACAGUCCUUAUAACUUUUAGAUUAGUAAAUCAUGCUGCAGCAGCCCAGAUGGCUUAUUCCAUUCCUUUGUAAUCAGGACAUAUAGGACAGGACGGAACAUUGAUUGAAUGGGCUCUCCCUAACCAAACUGAUUUAGGGAAAUAUUGGUAAAUUUGUGUAAUUUUAAGUGGGUCUGAGGCCAGCCUUUGGCCCUCUACCUGCGGCAAAGCUAUAAAUGCAGGUUUCUGGGAGGUGUAGUUCUGCAGUGGUGAGAUGGACAAAGGUUGCCUUGCCUGUUUAUAUAUUUGCAAACGGGCACAAGGCAGCCUUGUCCUUACCACUUGUCAUGAAUGACAUACCAGUUGGGGGGGGAAGCGCAUGUACAUGCCCCACA